AUGGAGAAGUGUACCGAGGGCAUCUGGAUUUGGUCCGAGGUUUUCGUAUGCAAGGCCGACGGCGAGGAUGUGGCUGUCCUGCUCAUGGACACCCAGGGGGCCUGGGAUGCCAAGAUGAGCAAGGAGCAGAGUGCCACGGUUUUUGGUCUCACCACUUUGCUGGCCUCACGCCUUGUCUACAACGUCUCGAAGCAGAUCCAGCAGGACAAGAUCGAGAACCUGCUUUACUUCACGGACUUCGCACGUGCAGCCUUGAGAGCACAGAAGCUGUCGGCACAGCCGGAUGGCAAAGACCAGCCUUUCCAAACCUUGGAGUUUCUCGUCCGAGAUUGGCCGCACUUUCAGGAGAACUGCAGCCUUAGCGAUGCCAGAUCCAUGAUGAAGAGUCAUUUGGAUCAGUACUUCGAUCCUAAAAAGUCCGAGGAUACCAAGAGCGUGAAGGCCCUGGGAAGCUUGUUCCAAGACAUCGACGUAUGGUGUCUUCCGCACCCAUCCCUGAAAAUCGAACGUGACAGCUGGAACGGCGACCUCGUGGUGAUCGAGAAAGAGUUCUGGCGAUUUAUCGAUGGUUACAUGGAGAGGAUCUUCAGCCCCGAGCAGCUCCAGGCGAAGGAAAACCUGGGCAACUUCAUCACCGUCGACUCGUUUGGCACGGUGCUUCGCGAGUUCAUCGCAGCCUUCAGCGACGCAGCGCCUCAGGCAAAGACCUUCUCUGAAGCAAUGGAGGCCUCCACCAGUCUUCUGGCAAGGGAUGUGGCUAUGAAAAAGGUGAAGCAGAUCCUGGCAGAGCAAGCUGGCAGCCUGCCGCAGGCGGUAUCUGAGGAG